AUGCUGCCCUGGAGACGCAACAAAUUCGUGCUGGUGGAGGACGAGGCCAAGUGCAAGGCCAAGAGCCUGAGCCCGGGGCUCGCCUACACGUCGCUGCUCUCCAGCUUCCUGCGCUCCUGCCCGGACCUGCUGCCCGAGUGGCCGCUGGAGCGCCUGGGCCGCGUGUUCCGCAGCCGGCGCCAGAAAGUGGAGCUCAACAAGGAGGACCCGACCUACACCGUGUGGUACCUGGGCAACGCCGUCACCCUGCACGCCAAGGGCGACGGCUGCACCGACGACGCCGUGGGCAAGAUCUGGGCGCGCUGCGGGCCGGGCGGGGGCACCAAGAUGAAGCUGACGCUGGGGCCCCACGGCAUCCGCAUGCAGCCGGUCGAGCGCGGCGCCGCGGGGGGCGCGGGGGGCCGCAGACCCGCGCACGCCUACCUGCUGCCGCGCAUCACCUACUGCGCGGCGGACGGGCGGCACCCGCGCGUCUUCGCCUGGGUCUACCGCCACCAGGCGCGCCACAAGGCCGUGGUGCUGCGCUGCCACGCCGUGCUGCUGGCGCGGGCGCACAAGGCGCGCGCCCUGGCCCGCCUGCUCCGCCAGACCGCGCUGGCGGCCUUCAGCGACUUCAAGCGCCUGCAGCGCCAGAGCGACGCGCGCCACGUGCGCCAGCAGCACCUCCGCGCGGGGGGCGCCGCCGCCUCGGUGCCCCGCGCCCCGCUGCGCCGGCUGCUCAACGCCAAGUGCGCCUACCGGCCGCCCGCCGCCGAGCGCGCCCGCGGGGCCCCGCGCCUCAGCAGCAUCCAGGAGGAGGACGAAGAGGAGGAGCUGGAGGACGAGGGGCGCGAGGAGGGCCCCCCGCGCGAGCGGCCCGAGGUGCUCAGCCUGGCCCGGGAGCUGAGGACGUGCAGCCUGCGGGGCGCCCCGGCCCCGCCGCCCCCCGCGCAGCCCCGCCGCUGGAGAGCCGGCCCCCGGGAGCGGGAGCGGGUGGGCCUGGCGCGCUGA